GUGUUUUAGGCCAUAAUAGGGUGAGUUUUGGUGGGGUCUUGGCAAAAGUGCGCCGCUUGCCCGUGAGGUACGUUAGACAACUUCUUCUUCUAGUUGCAUUGCAACUUUCUCUUUAAGGGCAUUGCUUAGUCCUGGCAUGGUGUUAAGUUAUUACGCGUUGAAAUCUGGUGUAGAUGUUACGCGCCGGGCGUUCGGUGACUCCGGGCGUUCGGUGCACGGACACGGUACGCGCUGCCAACCAAAACAAAGCACCAAACCACACAACACCCGCCAGCAACGCAACCAUGUCUUGACACUCGCGACAUGUCGAGCACCAAGAUUGUGGAAAUCUGGCUCAAAUCUACAGAUGAGGCUCACUGUCCCCCGACUCCUCCGCCAGAACACGUGGUUGUGCCGCACACUCACACACUCAAGCCAUACUAUCAAGGACGACUCCGAUGUGGGCCACCAGACCACCAAGCCUGCAGACUUCGCUCCUGUCGAUUCGCGCUCUGCCGACGAACUGUCUGCAAUAUGGAGGAAAGUGAAGACAAUAUUUCUUAAUGCACGCGACUGCAAAGACGGUGGUCGAGAUGAGAAUGCCUGGUGCGAUGAUGUAUUCCGGCCGUUGCUCAAUCUGGCCAUAGAGCUGUACGGCAAGGACCGAUGGUGGCUUCAAAGCGUGUGAGUAGACAACUUCCACUCUACCCCACCCGAGACCAAGACCAAGACCACUAAGACGCCACAGGCAAUCGCAGUCGAUCGACCCCCGUUACCUGUCGACCGUCACCGCUCGUGGC